AUUUAAUUAAAAAUCGCUUGAGAAAAUCUACGUUUUAUUAAAGAUUUUACUUAAAAUUAUGAGUCAUGAACAAAUAAAUUUAUUUAUAAAUUUUGUUUGGUUAGUGAAAUAUAUAAAUAUGAAACAUUUUCCGAAUAUAUAUAAAAUUUGACUACUCUAAAAAAUGGCGUCACGGAUUGUAGCUAGUGCAACAGUUCGUGCAGUAAAAGGAAGAAAAAUUAUUCCAUCUCGAGCUGCUUUAACUUUGACAGAAAAUGCGGUAAAAAAGAUUAAGGAGAUUUUACAAAACAAACCAGAAUAUAUUGGUCUUAAAGUUGGCGUUAGACAAAGGGGCUGUAAUGGUUUAAGUUAUACGUUAGAUUAUGCAAAAGAAAAAACUAAGCUUGAUGAAGAAGUUGUUCAAGAUGGUGUUCGUGUUAUAAUAGAUAAAAAAGCUCAAUUGUCAUUAUUAGGAACUGAAAUGGAUUACAUUGAAAGUAAACUAAGCUCUGAAUUUGUAUUUAACAAUCCAAAUAUCAAAGGAACAUGUGGAUGUGGAGAAAGCUUCAGUGUAUGAAUAGAAAUUUAUUACUUAUCAAUAUCAUGUUUAAAUAAUGAUGAAAUAAUGAUAUUUGACAAUUUGUUACCAAAGAUGUUUAUUUGUGUUGAAACAAAUUAGAAAAAAUCUGUAUAUAGUUAUAAAAUGAUUCUUAAUAGUAGUUAAUUGUUCAUGUGAUAGUGAAUUAUGACACAAGCAUAUAACUUGUAUAAAA